AUGCGUGUCGCCUCUGCUCUGCUCGCGCUCUCCGCGCCGUUGUUCGCGCGCGCAGCCAUUGUUCCCGAGAAGCGGGCGACUGUAUGCAAUGGGAACGCUGCGCUGUGCGACCGCUCAUACGGCAACGUCACAUUCCUUGGGUCUCACGACUCGUACGCGAUAAGUAGCGACCCGCUUGCCCUGGCCCGCGAUCAGGAAGCCAGCCUGACGGAUCAGUUGAACGGCGGUGUGCGCAUGCUGCAGACGCAGGCUCACCAGGAUGAUGGUGUCCUCAAGUUCUGCCAUACGAGCUGCUUGCUCUUCGACGGCGGCAGCGUUGCCGACUACCUUGCGACCGUUGUAACAUGGCUCAAGGCGAACCCUAAUGAGGUCCUCACGCUCCUAAUGACCAACCCGGACGGUUUGAGCCUUCCGGACGUGUGGAAGCCCGUCUUCGAUGCCAGCGGGAUCACGGACUUCGCGUACAUCCCGCCCAGUAUCCCGGUCAAGCGCGGCGACUGGCCGACUCUCGGCUCGAUGAUCGACUCGGGCAAGCGCGUCGUUAUCUUCAUGGACUAUGGCGCGGACGGUAGCGACGGUGGCGUUGUUGACUACUUCCUGCAGGAGUUCACUAUGAUCUGGGAGCCGCCUUAUGACAGCACGGACAACACCUUCCCGUGCUCUGUCGACCGCACAUCGGGUCCAUUGAGCACGUCUGACCACAUGUACAUGCUCAACCAUUUCUAUGACAAGAAUGUCUUCGGGACCGGUAUCCUCGUCAGUGACCCGGUGGAUGCGCCUACGACGAAUGGUGUAGCCUCCAUCUUAGCCAACGCCGCUGGCUGCGCGCCGCUUGGUGAUGGACUGUACCCGAAUUUUGUGCUCCUCGACUACGUUGACCUCGGCAAUGGCCUUGCAGCCGUCAACCAGAUGAACGGUGUAUGA